CAAACUGAGGCAGCAGACUUUGUGAAAAUUAAUAUUUGUGUCAUUCUCAAAACUUUUUGCCACGACUGUACAACAUGUUUCCAUGGUUAGGCCCGUGGAUAAACAGUCGAAAAGCUUUAUGCUGAAAAAUGUUUAUAGCAACCAGAAGAAUGUAAAGGAGUUGGUUAGUGGAAUGAUGGAGACUCCCAACCAGAAGGAUGUAAAGGAGUUGGUUAAUGGAAUGAUGGAGACUCUCAACCAGAAGGAUGUAAAGGAGAUGGUUAGUGGAAUGAUGGAGACUCCCAACCAGAAGGAUGUAAUGGAGUUGGUUAGUGGAAUGAUGGAGACUCCCAACCAGAAGGAUGUAAAGGAGUUGGUUAGUGGAAUGAUGGAGACUCCCAACCAGAAGGAUGUAAAGGAGUUGGUUAGUGGAAUGAUGGAGACUCCCAACCAGAAGGAUGUAAAGGAGUUGGUUAGUGGAAUGAUGGAGACUCCCAACCAGAAGGAUGUAAAGGAGUUGGUUAGUGGAAUGAUGGAGACUCCCAACCAGAAGGAUGUAAAGGAGUUGGUUAGUGGAAUGAUGGAGACUCCCAACCAGAAGGAUGUAAAGGAGUUGGUUAGUGGAAUGAUGAAGACUCUCAACCUUCACAUGUAUAGAGGCUUUGUUCCUUGUUCAAAAGCAGAAAGCAAAGGUAUGACAAGGAAUCAGGAAAUAUGGACACUCACUAUCAAGAAAACAACCUGAUAUCUUCUGUAACCUACCUGUUUGCUGCUGGUACUGACACCACAAGGACAACCCUUCGAUGGGGUCUGAUGCUUAUGGACAAGUAUAACCAUACAUUACAGGUUCCCAAAUGAGAUGAGCAGGGUCAUAAGAAGUAAUCAGGCCUUCGUAGAACACAGGAAGAACCUGCCCUACACUGAUGCAGUGAUCCAUGAGACCCAAAGACUGGCCAACAUUGUACCCAUGUCCAUCCCUCACACCACCAGCCAAGACGUCACCUUCCAGGGAUACUUCAUCAAAAAGGGGACUGAUGUGUUACCUCUGCUGACGUCUGUCCUGCGAGAUGAGAGCGAAUGGAAGAGCCCUCACACCUUUAACCCCGACCACUUUCUGGAUGAGGAAGGUCGAUUCGUCAAGAAGGAUGCCUUCAUGCCCUUCUCUGCAGGUCGUAGGGUGUGUCCAGGAGAGAGUCUGGCCAGGAUGGAGCUCUUCCUUUUCUUCACCUCCCUCCUGCAGCACUUUUGUUUCUCUCCUCCUCCCAGGGUAGGAGAGGAAGAUCUGGACCUCACACCAUCCCUAGGGUUCACCCUCAGUCCUUCACCUCACCAGUAGUGUUCUGUCUGAGAUGAGUCUGUGUCCAGUGUAUAUUACACAUGGCUUUAGACCAACAUAAAAUGUUAUUGUUAUUGCAGAUUGAUACAGUGUUUUUUGAAUAACAUAUGUGAAUGAGCUGCAAGUCCCAUUGGAUUAAAGCAUCUGCUAAAUGGCAUAUAUUACCUCAGUCAAGUUGUACAUAUUAGAGGUAAAAAUGUAUGCCUGUCACGCCUUGGUCUUAGUAUUUUGUGUUUUCGUUAUAUAUUUGGUCAGGCCAGGGUGUGACAUUUUGUUGUGUUUCGUAUUGGGGUUUUGUAGGCAUUGGGAUUGCGGCUG